GUGUGUGUGUGUGUGUGUGUGAAGAAGGGGGUGUAGAGAUCAGAUGUGCCUCCGUGCGUCCUGAUUAAAGCCCCGUGGGCUGGGCAAAAAGUUGCGGGGACUCACGCGCGCGCACGCACACACAUGCGUGGAAAGCGUCUUGGAAGUUGUGGGGGUUUGGAAGAGCGCGCGAGCCGGCCGUGAGGAGAACCUGCUCAAAACCCUGCUCCUUAUGGCUCUGUAGAGCUCUAGAGCUUUCUGGAGGGACUGCCUGGUGUGUGUGCGUGUGUGUGUGUGUGGUGGUGGUGUUUGUGUGUGUGUGUGUGUGUGUGCCUGCGCGCGCGCGUGCUGUGUGCGUGUGUGUGUGUGCGCGUGUGCGCGCGCGCGGUGUGUGUGUUUUUAGUCGGAAACGGUUUUUGCGAAGCCGUACACUUUCGCGAGGUUCGUCCGGCAUCUCGCUUCUCCGUCCACCAUGGAGACCCAGCGGUGGUCCACCAGGUGGAGGACGAAAAGCUGGCUUCUGGACAUCACGACCAAACCUCUCCUCAUCGUCCUCGCCUCGUCCUUCAUCCUUGCGCUCCGAGCUCCACAUGUCCGAGCAGUCGAAACGGUGGAUGUGCUGAAAGUAUUAGAGUUCCCCAACACCCCCGACGGAGUGGAGAAGGCCUCGGGCUUCUGUGUGAACAGGAAAUCGUCCCAGCCUGACACAGCCUACAGAGUGGGGAAAGGGGCUCAGAUCAGCGCUCCCACCAGGCAGCUCUUCCCAGCUGGAGUGUUCCCUGAAGACUUCUCCAUCUUGGCCACCCUCAAACCCAAAGCUGGUCUCCAGUCCUUCCUGCUGUCCAUCUACAACGAGCUCGGCGUCCAGCAGCUCGGCUUGGAGGUCGGACGUUCUCCCGUCUUCCUUUACGAAGACCAGACAGGCAACCCUGCGCCCGAGGAGUACCCUCUGUUCCGCACCCUCAACCUGGCUGAUGGAAAGUGGCAUCGUGUGGCCAUCAGUGUGGAGAAGAAGACUGUGACCAUCAUUGUGGACUGCAAGAAGAAGAUUACUAAGCCCUUGAAAAGAAGUGACCAUGCCAACCUCGACACCAAUGGCAUCACUGUGUUUGGCAGCAGGCUUCUGGAUGAGGAGGUCUUCGAGGGUGAUCUCCAGCAGCUGCUGAUCGUUGCUGACCCGAAAGCGGCGUUUGAUUACUGUGAACACUACAUGCCCGACUGUGACACGCCUCAUAAAGACACGCUGCAAGCUCAGGAACCGGAAGAAGAGUACGCACCUGCAGUAGAUUAUGGAGAGUCGUACGAUUACUAUGACGCAGCGAUUCCCACCGACACGCCAAAUGAAUUUUCCGAGUCUCAGCUAAACAACUUAGACGGCGAGUUCUAUACUGAAACUGAACUUGACUACGGGACUGUAGAUGCUUCUCAGACUCAGUCUCCUGAUGCCACUCCCGGACCCAACGAGGCUGUGGAAGAGGGGAUUGUGGGUAAUUCAGACACCGAGCUGCCCCACGCUGCUGUGGACCCCACAAUCGCCCCCGAGCACAACGAGCCCAGCGCCACAGCAGGAGCGGACGCGUACGACUUUAAGGAGUACGACCUUAAGGAGUACGAUGUGGGCGAGCUUGACAAAUCUCACUAUGACUUUGGCGAAUAUGAUGAGUUUGGCAACGCGGGCCCAAACCCUGUACCCAAUUACGAGGACGAGUUUGGGCCUGCCGUGCCUGCUGAGACCGGCACAGAAGAAACGCAAGUCAAAUCAGACGUUGGAGGCGGUACCGGGUUUCUGGGGCAGAAAGGAGAGAAAGGAGAACCAGCCGUGAUUGAGCCGGGGAUGCUGGUAGAGGGCCCUCCAGGUCCACCCGGUCCUGUUGGUCUUCCAGGAUCCCCGGGUCUACAAGGCCCCCCUGGACCAGCCGGAGAUCCUGGUGACAGGGGUCCAGCAGGUCGACACGGGCUUCCCGGAGCGGACGGGAUGCCAGGUCCUCCCGGUACCAUGCUGAUGCUGCCGUUCCGUUUCGGUGGCGAUGGUGAGAAAGGUCCGGUGGUCUCGGCUCAGGAGGCUCAGGCUCAGGCCAUUCUGUCCCAGGCCAGGUUGGCGAUGCGAGGUCCUCCCGGUCCGAUGGGUCUAACGGGACGCAGUGGUCCUGUGGGUCUUACUGGUGCUCCAGGUCUGAAGGGUGAGGCCGGUGAUCAGGGUCCUCAGGGUCCCAGGGGGAUGCAGGGACCAUCAGGACCAGUAGGACCACCAGGGAAGAGGGGUCGUGCUGGAGCCGAUGGAGCUCGUGGAAUGCCUGGAGAACCCGGAUCUAAGGGUGACAGAGGGUUUGAUGGCCUUCCAGGUCUUCCAGGAGAGAAAGGACACAGGGGAGAUUCCGGUCCCUCUGGACCCCCUGGUGCUCCCGGAGAGGACGGACCCAGAGGAGAGGACGGAGAGAUCGGGCCACGAGGGUUGGCUGGAGAGAGCGGUCCACGAGGUCUGCUCGGUCCCCGAGGUCCUCCAGGUCCACCUGGCCAGCCUGGUGUAGCUGGUGUGGAUGGUCCUCACGGUCCCAAAGGAAACAUGGGACCUCAAGGAGAACCGGGUCCUCCUGGUCAGCAGGGAAUUCCAGGAACACAGGGGCUGCCUGGACCUCAAGGGCCAAUUGGACCACCGGGAGAAAAAGGUCCUCAGGGUCGUUCUGGCCUGCCUGGUUUACCCGGUUCUGAUGGACCUCCUGGUCAUCCUGGAAAAGAGGGACCUGCAGGAGAGAAAGGAGCUCUGGGUCAGCCUGGUCCUCAGGGGCCGAUCGGAUACCCAGGACCUCGCGGUGUUAAGGGAGCCGACGGAGUCCGAGGACUUAAAGGUGGCAAAGGAGAGAAGGGUGAAGACGGAUUCCCCGGGUUUAAAGGAGACAUGGGUCUCAAAGGAGACAGAGGCGAGAUCGGAUUGAUUGGAGUCAGGGGUGAAGACGGUCCUGAGGGUCCUAAAGGUCGUUCUGGACCUCCUGGUGAAUCUGGACCCAUGGGUCUUGCUGGAGAAAAGGGUAAACUCGGCGUUCCCGGAUUACCUGGAUAUCCAGGACGACAGGGACCGAAGGGUUCGACCGGAUUCCCGGGAUUCCCAGGGUCCAACGGAGAGAAAGGAGGCAGGGGUGUUGCAGGGAAACCCGGUCCAAGGGGGCAGCGAGGUCCAACGGGUCCACGGGGUGCUCGGGGUGCCAGAGGUCCAACUGGAAAGCCAGGUCCUAAGGGUACAGCGGGCAAUGAUGGUCCACCUGGCCCGCCUGGAGAGAGAGGACCUCAAGGACCUCAGGGCCCCGUCGGUUUCCCAGGACCGAAGGGUCCCCCUGGACCACCUGGAAAGGACGGUUUGCCCGGACACCCUGGCCAGCGUGGUGAGACGGGUUUCCAAGGUAAAACAGGUCCCCCCGGUCCAGGAGGAGUCGUCGGCCCUCAGGGUCCAACCGGAGAGACCGGUCCAGUCGGAGAGAGAGGACACCCCGGACCCCCAGGACCUCCUGGAGAGCAGGGUCUUCCAGGUGCAGGAGGGAAGGAGGGUUCAAAGGGAGAUCCAGGUCCUCCUGGUCCUGCUGGGAAAGACGGACCACCUGGACUGAGAGGGUUCCCUGGAGAGCGAGGACUUCCUGGAGCAUCGGGUGCAGCUGGACUGAAAGGAGCUGAAGGUCCUCAGGGUCCUCCUGGUCCUGUUGGCUCACCUGGUGAGCGAGGAGCUGCCGGUUCUGCUGGUCCGAUCGGUUUACCUGGCCGUGGUGGACCUCAGGGACCCCCGGGACCAGCUGGAGAGAAAGGUGCUCCUGGUGAGAAAGGACCAUCGGGUCCCGCCGGUCGUGAUGGAGUCCAAGGUCCAGUCGGUCUACCAGGCCCACCCGGCCCCCAGGGACCACCCGGAGAGGACGGCGAUAAGGGUGAAGUAGGAGAACCAGGACAGAAAGGAAGUAAAGCUGAUAAAGGAGAGCAGGGUCCUCCAGGUCCAGCAGGUCUGCAGGGUCCAACUGGAGCACCAGGACCAGCGGGAGCUGAUGGAGAGCCCGGUCCUCGGGGACAGCAGGGAAUGUUCGGACAGAAAGGAGACGAAGGAUCGAGAGGUUUCCCCGGAGCACCCGGACCCAUCGGCCUGCAGGGUCUUCCCGGACCUCCGGGUGAGAAGGGAGAGAACGGAGACGUCGGUCCUAUGGGUCCACCCGGUCCACCAGGUCCGAGAGGUCCUCUGGGUCCACCCGGUGCUGACGGUGCACAAGGCCCACCCGGUGGUAUUGGAGGCAUGGGAGCAGUGGGAGAGAAGGGAGAACAAGGUGAAGCCGGCAAUCCUGGACCUCCCGGAGAACCUGGAACAGGAGGCCCCAAGGGUGAGAGAGGAGAGAAGGGUGAAGCAGGACCGUCUGGUGCUGCAGGACCUGCUGGACCUAAAGGACCACCUGGAGAUGACGGCCCUAAGGGAAAUCCUGGUCCUGUUGGCUUCCCUGGAGACCCUGGACCGCCUGGUGAGCCCGGUGUUGCCGGAACCGAUGGUGUCCCGGGUGACAAGGGAGAAGAUGGUGAAACUGGUCAGACUGGUCCUCCUGGUCCAUCCGGAGAAGCUGGACCACCCGGACCUCCUGGUAAACGAGGACCCCCGGGAGCGCCGGGAGCCGAGGGCAGGCAGGGCGAGAAAGGAGCCAAGGGUGAAGCAGGAGCCGAGGGUCCACCUGGUAAAACUGGCCCUGUCGGACCCCAAGGGCCUUCUGGAAAGCCUGGUCCUGAGGGUCUGAGAGGAAUCCCUGGUCCUGUGGGUGAACAAGGACUUCCUGGUGCACCUGGACAAGAUGGCCCACCGGGACCGAUGGGACCUCCUGGACUGCCUGGCCUGAAAGGUGACCCCGGGUCCAAGGGUGAGAAGGGUCACCCCGGUCUGAUCGGGCUGAUCGGUCCUUCUGGUGAACAGGGAGAGAAGGGAGAUCGUGGAUUACCUGGACCUCAGGGCACACCUGGUCCUAAGGGUGAUUCUGGUAUCCCUGGUGCUGCUGGACCCCUCGGUCCUCCUGGUCCUCCUGGACUUCCUGGUCCUCAAGGUCCAAAGGGAUCAAAGGGUGCAAGCGGUCCUGCUGGACAAAAGGGAGACACCGGAGUGGUCGGACCCCCUGGUCCUCCAGGUCCUCCGGGUGAGAUCAUCCAGCCGCUGCCCAUCCGGUCCCCUAAGAAGACACGGCGCGCCAGCGAGAUGCAGGCUGAUGAAGCGGGGCUGGACUACGGCGAGGGCAUGGAGGAUAUUUUCAGCUCCCUGAAUAAUCUCAAACAAGACAUUGAGAGGUUGAAGUACCCCAUGGGCACCCAGAACAACCCAGCCAGGACCUGCAAAGACCUGCAGCUGUCUCACCCCGAGUUCUCUGAUGGUGAAUACUUCAUCGAUCCUAAUCAGGGAUGCUCUGGAGAUUCCUUCAAAGUUUACUGCAACUUCACAGCAGGAGGCGAGACCUGCAUCUACCCCGAGAAGAAGUCCAGCGUAGUCCACAUGUCCUCCUGGCCCAAAGAGACGCCCGGCUCGUGGUACAGUUCGUUCAAGCACGGCCAUCUCCUGUCCUACGUGGACGCCGAGGGCAACUCCAUAAACUCGGUGCAGAUGACGUUCCUCAGACUACUGACGGCCUCGGUGAGGCAAAACUUCACCUACAUCUGCCACCAGUCCGUGGGCUGGCACGACGCUGCGGAGGACAACUACGACAGAUCCCUGCGCUUCCUCGGCUCCAACGACGAGGAGAUGUCCUACGACAACACGCCCUACGUGAAGGCCGUAUCCGACACCUGCUCGUCGAGGAAAGGUCACGGAAAAACCGUUCUCCAGAUCGACACGCCCAAAAUCGAGCAGCUUCCGAUCGCCGACGUCAUGCUGAACGACUUCGGGGAUCCCAGUCAGAAAUUCGGAUUCGAAGUCGGUCCGGUUUGCUUCCUUGGCUAAAAUCGGAACCAAGAAUGACAUCACGAUGACAUAAAAAUAAAAAAAAAAACUUGACAGGGAAGGACUUUUGUUUUGUUUUCAUCUUUUUUUUUUUUUUUAAUUGUACCGUCGAAUCACCCAGCCUCCGUUCAAGCCACAUGCAAGUUUUGAAUGAUAGUCGUGAUGUAAAGGAAAGGUUGGGUUUUUUUUUUUGUUGUUUUGUAUUUUGCCGAAUAUAUCACGCAUAAAUCAUACCGCCCUCUGCUCGGAGGGUGUGAAACGCAAAAAACAAAACAAAAAAACCUGUUAUGGAAGAAGGAAAAAAAAAAAAAAAAAGGAGAAGGACACGGAGGAGUGGCAGAAUGGAGAGCUGCGAGACGAACGAGGGGAGAGACCGAGGGAACGAGAGAAAGAAAAAGACCUCCCCAACGGAGACGGAUCGGUGCUGUGCAACACAAACGACAUACAGAAAAGUCAACAACUAUGGUGCUUGAGUUAAAAUUAAUAUUAAAAAUUUAGUCAUAAUAAAAACAAGAGGUGCUAGGUGAAAGAAGGUGUAUUUUGAUAAAACUGUAAUUAUUGUUUUGUACAUUACUGUUCUUUUCCAAUUCCACUUCAAAACUUGCAUGUGUAUCGGCAUCUGGCUCUCAAGUCGACAUCUAUAAAUUAAAGAGUAAAUAAAAAAAACAAACAAUAAAUAAUAUUUUUGUGAUAAAUACUGUGUACCUAUUAUUAAACAAAUAAAAGCGAGCAUUGAAAUGAUCCCUCGUUGCUAAUGCUAACGUAUGUCCUUUGUAUAUACUGACCACCCGAACACCUCGCCAAAGCAGAGACGCACCAGCACACGCAAACGCAACGCCCCUCGCUAACGUUGCCUCGCUAACGUGCUUGUUCCUCGAAGCAGUCGUGGCAUCCAUCCACCUUCUAUUUAAUUUUGUUCCUUUUUAUUCAUUUUUCUAUCUAUUUUUCCCCCCAGUUUGUCCAUUCAGUCAUAUACCUCAACCAGUCUAAUAUCCGUAGCGAAGUGAGGCCAGUGUGCCCUGUAUAUACCUUGGUUACACAUUUCAUUUUAUAUAUUUUGGGUGGGGAAUUUUUAUACGAGGAAAAUAAAUAAAUAAAUAAAAGUAAUAAAUUGAAAAUACAAAACAUAUCUGAUAGGCUGUUCCUCUUCUGUUCCAAUUUUUUUUUUCUCCUGUGAAUGAAAUGAGACACUCUCUCUCUCUUUUUUUUUUUCAGUGACCCCCCCCCCCCCCCCUUUUUUUGUAACUAAAAUGAGAAAAUGUUUCAAAUGUGUUCUUUAUGGUUCGUCUGAAUAUUAAAAACUGGAUUCCAAACCAACCGUGAAA